AACAACAUCCUGUACCUCGGAAACUAUUGUGUGUGUAUUUGAACGGAAAAAUGUAAAGCGGAAAGAUAGUUUCCAUACCUUUGGGCGUGUCUCACCGAUUCUUGUCAACGUCCUUGUCAGCGCGGCGGCUCCUUAGAGCGACCUAAGCUCAAACAACCGAGACCACCUUGAAGUAUGAAGAGGGGCAUAUUGACAUGUUAGAGGAGAGGAUAUAUAGAGGUUUUGCACGCUGCUAUGUGACGGAUUAUCCUUCCGUGUCUCGAACACUGUGUUUCUCCGAAAAAUGCAAGUAGUGACUUCAGCAAUAUGAAGCUGUUCUUUGUUAUAUCGACUUUCACUCUAAUUGCAAUAUGCCGCGGCGCGGAAUCCGAAUCUCCGGACGAAUUAAAAUUGCUGACAAAACUCACUCCGAUAAACAGUGAACAACGUAUAUAUUCGGGUAACACACGCAAUCAUGAAGAUUUGGCUACAUCUGCGAGUGAUCGAACAUUUCAUAUAACAAAAGGUUAUCCUGGAGGAUAUCCUGGGUCAAUUGGAGGAUAUCCUGGGUCAAUUGGAGGAUAUCCCGGAGGAUAUUCUGGACUAUACCCCGGAGGAUAUUCAGGAUAUGGUACGGGACUCACUGGAUCAGUUUAUCCUGGUUCAUUAUAUAAUAGUGGCAGUGUAAUUCCAGGUGGCGGAUAUGGGUAUUAUGGAAACUACCCUGGAAACGGUGGUUAUGGCGGAUAUGGUGGUUACGGGGGAGGAGGUUAUGGGGGUUAUGGGGGUUAUGGGAAUUAUGGGGGUUAUGGAGGUUAUGGGGGUUAUAGAGGACAGGGAGGCUAUGGGGGUUAUGGCAUCAGAGGCUACGAUGAUGGUAAUUUAGGAUAUGGACGUGGUGGUUACGGUCGUUAUGAUGGAUACGAUGGUUAUGGUUACGGAAACGCAUACGGUUCAACAUAUGCAGCGAGAAGUCCUUAUCCAUAUAGUUAUCGGACUGAUAGUUACGGCACUUCUCUUAGCAAUCCAACCGGUUAUCGCGGUUAUUCAUAAACUUUGUAUAUGUUUUUUUACGUAACAUUUACAAAUGGUACAAUUAAAAAUGUUUUCGCAAAUUAAUAUGUUGGUUUUAACAUAUAAUAUACACCUUUAGUAAUAAACAAUUAAUUAUAUUUCUAAGAUUUGCUGGAGUAUGCAAAAACUGUAUAACAUAUUUCGGAUGUAACACACACAAAAGAAAAAUUACGAUAUACAAUAAUUUUAUAAUGCAAAACAUAUAAACUGUAUUGAAAUA